AGGAAUGGUGUGUGGAAUUUAGGCUUGCAAAAACCUCGGAAUAAUUCCGAUUUUAGUGCAAAAUCAGUUCUUAUUUUAGGAUAGAUAUGAAAUAGAAGAUAUGGGGGACACGUCAGAUGGAGAAUCACCCCCAGACACUUGUCGGAGAGUUGUGGCCCCCAACAAACGCAAGAUGGAAGCUGAGCUUGAAGUUCUGAGCAAGGAGAUAACAGAGAAGGACAACAAACUCAGGUCCAUACAGGUCCAGUUGGAAAACUUGGGGAUUUCUUCCGAAUUGCAAAAAAUCAGGGGCGAGAAAGAGGCGAAGAUUGACAAACGGAAGAAAAUCAGCGGUCAGUUGUCGGCUCUGAAUGCCGAUAUCUCGAAAAAGAAAGAUGCUCUUGCCAAGCUGAAAUCAACCUUGCAAUAUCUGCAGGAAUCACGGAUCGAUGAAGCAAUAAGACGUUUAAGAUGCCAACUCCAGACAAGGAAUUUCCGACUCAACGAAGAGAAAAAGAUCGUCAAUGAGAUUGAUACUCUCAAUCGUUCAAAGAGGGCGCUCAGGGAGUACCAGGAUCUCAAUGGUGAGCUGAAUAAGAUGAAAGAGAAACAGAGGAAAAUGAGGGAUGAGUUAGAUGAGUGUUACAAGUCUGUGUCUAGUUUCAAGACGAGAGAAACCGACCUCAGAUCUAAACGCGAAGUGGUGCGACGGGAUAUCGAACAAGUGAAGGCAGAACUGGAAGUACAGCAUCAGAAAAAACGUGAUGUGAUCUCGGACUUCCGCAGACGGGAGAGGGAGUUUAAGGAACAUAAGGAGAUGACAGAGCUCAAGAUGAAGAAGAUAAAGGAAGAAGAGGUGAAGACGGACAUGAAGCAGAAAGAAAGUGAUGAUACUUACACCAGUGUCCACGUCGAACCGUUGAUAAUCGAACCUUUCACUGAAGAGAAACAGUUGUGCACCACCCUCCUCACCUACCUCCAGCGAUAUGUGGCUCCCACUGACCAACCAGGGUCUGCUGGCAGUCCAGGACCCACCGACCAGAAACUUGUCGAGCAAGAUGGCAUGUACCUACUUCCAAGAAAACGUAUGGAUGAGGACGAGGUUAAGUACAAUUCCGUUGUGCGGAGAGUGUCCAGUAAGAACAAGAGGCGGGACAGAUCCAAGAAAAUACAGGUCACCCACACGCCAGAAAUCUUCGCCCAGUUUGCCAAACUAAACCUGAACGCACCGUCAAAUGCGAAUGAAGUGCCAGUAUCUAUAGAACAGCUCAAGGGUAGGAGGCAAUACUACGUAACUGCUACCCCUGCGUCGAGAACAGUUCCACAGGUUCAAGUCGGACCAAAAGGGGAUGGAACUGACUCAAUUGUCGCUACUGAUGAUACUGUAGAUGAUAUAAAACAGAUCGGUGAUGUCGCCAAUUCCAGUGAGCAGAGUCGUGAUGAAAAUUCCAACGAACCUAAAAUGGAGCAAGCAGACUCUGAGCCGAAAACUGACCUUGAGCUGAAACCAGACAACCAUAUUCCAUUGAUAGACGAGGCUAAGAAAAAGACUGUAGCCACUCCUGGGAAAAUUGAGGAAGAAAAGGAAUCACAGGGUUCAGAUGACGUUUUUUAUGACAGUGAUGAUGACGUGUUCUGUGACGACAUCCACAACAUUCCUACUGCUCCGCUGGAGAAGAGACGUAACUUCACGCUCGUGAGUUCGCGGAGUGAUAUCAAACCGCUGAUGGCGAACGCAGACUUUUUAGCAGACGCCAUACGCGGUUGCAGCCAGAAUGGUUUUGUGAUGCCGUCUGCUCAGACAAUGUGUCCAGCGAUGAGUAGUGUUGUUGAGAAUCCGCUGAGUAAUACGGCGUGCUUGAAUGCGGUUGAUGCAAUUGCAGAACUGUGUGAGGACGAUUCAGACAAAACCGAGGAUAACGUGUCACCUCAGAAACAAUUAGAUUUGGGUGCAAGUGCACUUGUUUUGAAUAAAGACGUAACAAGUUCAACGCCCAAUCAGGAGAAUACACCCGAAGUGCAAAAUCCAAAUCCCGAUUUUAGUCUUGCUCAGGUGAAGUGUAAUGGUGUCGGCACGGUUUCACCUCAGAUAAACGGCGCGUCGAAUCACACAGAUUUGUCCAACGGCAACCUAAGCGACACCGACAUGGAUUCUUCCGUUAGAGAUUUAUUACGUGAUAUAAAAACAUUAAACAACGGGACUAUGUCGGAUGUGGAAAUAGAACGGAGCACGGACAGUUCGGACAUCGCAGACAGUUACGAAUCAUCGGAACAAAAUCUUGUGGUGAAAACUUUUUUAUCCAGCGAUGACGGGGAAAUCAGUCGGCCUGUGAUAUGUCCAAAAGGACAAAUGUCGCCAGAGAAUCUUGAUGAUUCGUCAGAAGAUACAUUGAAAGUGGAGACUUCUGAUGAGUCGUAACACAGUGUCGCCAUCUUUAGGUAGAAUUGCUCAAAGCGGUAUUUUCCUCCUCGUCAUUCCUGGGGUAGCUGUGUGUUGAUGUGAACAGCUCACUUUGAUAACCACAAGUUUUGUUUCCAUCAUCAGUUUCGACUUCAUGAUACAUUACAGCUAAAAUGACCUCUUUACAAAGCUGUAUAUAGUGUACUGGUAGUGGCACCUAGUGGCACAGUGGUCGAACCACUAAUCUCAAAUUAUUUGUGGUUUUCAUUGAUAAUUUCACAUCAACAUACGUAGAAUGAAUUCCAUUCCAUGGAGGUUAUUGAUUGGCAUUUGUGGGCUAUCAAUAUUGAUGAUAUGAUCAUAAGGCAUUGACAUCGAAGUCAUUAGGCUAUUUCCUUAGAUUCUUUGUUUCAGAGCCUUGAGGGUUCCAGGUCAGUUCUAUUAAACUUGCUUCAGUGUCAGAUUCGCAAACUUUUCUUGCUAUAUAGUCUUUGGAUACCGAUUAAGAAAACCAAAAUUUGCUGACUUAGUGACACUUCUGUAAAUUUGACAGGAGUUUAUACACACUUGAGUGACAGUUCUGUAAACUUGACAAGGUUUGACAGUUCCGUAAACUUGACAAGGUUUGACAGUUCCGUAAACUUGACAAGGUUUGACAGUUCCGUAAACUUGACAAGGUUUGACAGUUCCGUAAACUUGACAAGGUUUGACAGUUCCGUAAACUUGACAAGGUUUGACAGUUCCGUAAACUUGACAAGGUUUGACAGUUCCGUAAACUUGACAAGGUUUGA